CCUCCUCCCGCUGCCCCUUCCCCUCCUCCAGCUGCCCCUUCCCCUCCUCCAGCUGCCCCUUCCCCUCAUCCAGCUGCCCCUUCUCCUCCAGCUGCCCCUUCCCCUCCUCCAGCUGCCCCUUCCCCUCAUCCAGCUGCCCCUUCUCCUCCUCCCGCUGCCCCUUCUCCUCCUCCCGCUGCCCCUUCUCCUCCAGCUGCCCCUUCCCCUCCUCCAGCUGCCCCUUCCCCUCCUCCCACUGCCCCUUCCCCUCCUCCCCCCCCUUCCCCUCCUCCAGCUGCCCCUUCCCCUCCUCCCACUGCCCCUUCCCCUCCUCCAGCUGCCCCUUCCCCUCCUCCAGCUGCCCUUUCCCCUCCUCCUGCUGCCCCUUCUCCUCCUCCCGCUGCCCCUUCCCCUCCUCCAGCUGCCCCUUCCCCUCAUCCAGCUGCCCCUUCCCCUCCUCCCGCUGCCCCUUCUCCUCCUCCCGCUGCCCCUUCUCCUCCAGCUGCCCCUUCCCCUCCUCCAGCUGCCCCUUCCCCUCCUCCCACUGCCCCUUCCCCUCCUCCCCCUUCCCCUCCUCCCACUGCCCCUUCCCCUCCUCCCGCUGCCCCUUCCCCUCCUCCCGCUGCCCCUUCCCCUCCUCCCGCUGCCCCUUCCCCUCAUCCAGCUGCCCCUUCUCCUCCAGCUGCCCCUUCCCCUCCUCCCACUGCCCCUUCCCCUCCUCCAGCUGCCUCCCCUUCCCCUCCUCCCGCUGCCCCUUCCCCUCCUCCAGCUGCCCCUUCCCCUCCUCCAGCUGCCCCUUCCCCUCCUCCAGCUGCCCCUUUCCCUCCUCCCGCUGCCCCUUCUCCUCCUCCCGCUGCCCCUUCUCCUCCUCCAGCUGCCCCUUCUCCUCCUCCAGCUGCACCUUCCCCUCCUCCAGCUCCCCCUUCCCCUCCUCCCGCUGCCCCUUCUCCUCCAGCUGUCCCUUCACCUCCUCCCGCUGCCCGUUCUCCUCCAGCUGUCCCUUCCCCUCCUCCAGCUGCCUCCCCUUCCCCUCCUCCAGCUGCCCCUUCCCCUCCUCCCGCUGCCCCUUUCCCUCCUCCAGCUGCCUCCCCUUCCCCUCCUCCAGCUGCCCCUUCCCCUAAUCCAGCUGCCUCCUCUUCCCCUCCUCCUGCGGCCCCUUCCCCUCCUCCCGCUGCCCCUUCCCCUCCUCCCGCUGCCCCUUCCCCUGAGGCACAGGAAGCCUGCCUCCAGAAGCAGCAAUUUCACAGACAUGAGAAACCCUUUGAGAGUGAAGCCAAAUUAAGCUGCUCUCUUAGCCCUAUAGGAGAGGCAGCACCCAUCACAGGCCUUGCUUCAGAGUUUCAGGAAGACCUUGCUGAGUUAGUUGGGCAGAGAGUGCACUGCCCCUCGAGGCAAGUGACCACGCACCUCCGGCUUCGUGAAGGACAAAGAGUGAAGGUUGAAGGCAGAAUUCACCAGAAACACUCCCUGAUGACUGUCUCCAUACAGGUCCAGGAGGAAAAAGAGCCCAUGGAGGAUGAGGGCACUGCCCUUCGAAACGAAGAUGAGGAAAGCCCCAAGCGAUACAGCAACGAGAACAUUCUCGGAUUCUUGGGGUCAGAUCACACCCUUGUGGAUGAGGGUAAUGGUUAUCAUGAGUUGUGGGGGAGACCAGACCUUAAUAUUGGGGCAGAGGAUAAAGCCUUGGAGAAAAAGUUCCUUAUUUGGGACAGAGCUGUGAAUUCUUCCUUUUUUGAGCUGGAGAUGUGUUUGAUCUGGACUUUGCAGCUUAAAGAAGCCAGGGGUGGGUUCUGUGGUGGAGAGGAGCUUUCUCUGGCUUACGUGAUGGUCAUUUGGGAGUGA